AUGGCUCACGCGGCCUCCCAAUUGAAGAAGAAUCGGGGGGAAGUGGAUGUGAAUGCAGUAGAAGAGGAGAAGGAGAAGCGGAGACAGAGCAGGAGAGCAGCGUCCCGGGAACAAAAGAGAAAGUCUGACAGUAAUGCCAGUUACCUGCGAGCUGCCCGGGCUGGAAACCUUGAAAAAGUCCUUGACUACCUCAAGACUGGGGUUGAGAUCAACAUUUGCAAUCAGAAUGGUUUGAACGCUCUUCAUCUGGCCUCCAAAGAGGGGCAUGUGGAGGUUGUUGCUGAGCUGCUGAAGCUUGAAGCCACUGUGGAUGCAGCCACAAAGAAAGGAAACACUGCUCUGCAUAUAGCAUCGCUGGCAGGACAAGCGGAAGUUGUCAAAGAGCUUGUCACCAAUGGAGCCAAUGUCAAUGCACAGUCUCAGAAUGGCUUCACCCCACUCUACAUGGCCGCUCAGGAGAAUCAUCUGGAAGUCGUCCGGUUCCUUUUGGAAAAUGGUGCCAGUCAGAGUAUGGCCACUGAGGAUGGCUUCACCCCUCUGGCGGUGGCCCUCCAGCAGGGCCAUGACCAGGUGGUCUCCUUGCUUCUGGAGAACGAUACAAAGGGCAAGGUGCGCCUGCCUGCCCUGCACAUCGCCGCUCGCAAGGACGACACCAAGGCCGCGGCCCUGCUCCUGCAAAACGACCACAACGCAGACGUGGAAUCCAAGAGUGGCUUCACUCCUCUCCACAUCGCAGCACACUAUGGGAACAUCAAUGUUGCUACACUUCUGCUGAAUAGAGGGGCUGCUGUGGACUUCAUGGCCAGAAAUGACAUAACACCGCUUCAUGUGGCAUCAAAACGGGGCAAUAGUAACAUGGUGAAGCUGCUGCUGGACAGAGGGUCCAAAAUCGAUGCAAAAACCAAGGAUGGUCUGACACCACUUCACUGUGGGGCACGAAGUGGUCAUGCACAGGUGGUAGAAAUACUACUGGACAGAGGAGCUCCCUUUUUGUCCAAGACCAAGAACGGCCUAUCUCCUCUUCACAUGGCUACUCAGGGGGACCACCUCAACUGCGUCCAGCUCUUGUUGCAGCACAAUGUUCCAGUGGACGAUGUGACCAAUGACUACCUGACAGCGCUACACGUGGCUGCGCACUGUGGGCACUACAAGGUGGCCAAGCUUCUCGUCGACAAGAAGGCCAACCCAAAUGCCAAGGCUCUGAAUGGAUUCACACCACUACACAUUGCCUGCAAGAAGAACAGAGUCCGAGUGAUGGAGCUGUUGCUUAAACAUGGGGCUUCAAUACAAGCUGUCACAGAGUCUGGUCUCACACCAAUACACGUGGCUGCCUUUAUGGGCCAUGAGAACAUAGUCAAUUCAUUAACACACCAUGGAGCAUCCCCAAAUACCACCAAUGUAAGAGGUGAAACAGCUCUCCAUAUGGCGGCGAGGGCAGGCCAAGCAGAUGUAGUGCGGUACUUGCUCAAAAAUGGUGCAAAAGUGGAGACUAAGUCCAAGGACGACCAGACCGCGUUGCACAUCUCCAGUCGGUUGGGGAAAGUGGAAAUAGUCCAGCAGCUGCUGCAGUGCGGCGCCUCUGCCAACGCUGCCACCACCUCAGGCUACACCCCACUUCACCUGGCUGCCCGCGAAGGACACCAGGAUGUGGCGGCCAUACUGCUGGAGAAUGGAGCCUCUCUCUCUUCAUCCACUAAGAAAGGGUUCAGUCCCUUGCACGUAGCAGCAAAGUACGGAAAGAUGGAGGUGGCCAGUCUGCUCCUGCAAAAAAGAGCCGCUCCUGAUGCUGCUGGAAAGAGCGGGCUAACUCCACUGCAUGUGGCCGCUCACUACGAUAAUCAGAGAGUGGCACUGCUACUGCUGGACCAGGGAGCUUCCCCUCACUCUGCUGCCAAGAAUGGCUACACGCCUCUGCAUAUAGCUGCCAAAAAGAACCAAAUGGACAUUGGGACCACACUGCUAGAGUAUGGGGCGGACACAAAUGCAGUGACACGGCAGGGCAUCAGUCCCAUUCACCUGGCAGCUCAGGAGGGCAGUGUCGACCUGGUGUCUCUACUGCUGGCCAAGAACACUAACGUCAAUGUGUGCAAUAAGAAUGGACUUACACCUCUUCAUUUAGCAGCUCAGGAAGAUAAAGUUAAUGUUGCAGAAGUCCUUCUCAACCAUGGGGCGGAUAUAAACACCCCCACAAAGACGGGCUACACUCCAUUACACGUGGCUUGUCACUAUGGUAACUCAAAGAUGGCAAACUUCCUGUUGCACCAUCAUGCAAGAAUUAACGGCAAAACCAAGACUGGGUACACACCUCUCCACCAAGCCGCUCAACAGGGCCAUACACAUAUCGUCAACCUGCUGCUUCAGCAUGGAGCUUCGGCCAAUGAGCUCACCUUGAACGGGAACACUGCCUUGUCCAUUGCCCGCCGCCUCGGGUACAUCUCUGUGGUGGAUACUCUGCGGCCUGUUACUGAUGAUAACUUGAACGCAGUGGUUGCAUCAGAAAAACAUAAAAUUAAUGUCCCAGAGACGAUGAAUGAGUUCCUGGACAUGUCUGAUGAUGAAGGUGAUGAUGCCAUGACCGGAGACACAGACAAAUACCUGCGGCCCCAGGACCUCAAGGAGCUUGGGGAUGACUCUCUACCUCAGGAGGGUUACAUGGGCUUCAGUAUUGGAGCUCGCUCUGCCAGCCCUAGAAUCAGCCUCCGCUCCUUCAGUUCGGAUAGGUCCAACACUCUCAACCGGAGCUCCUAUGCACGGGACAGUAUGAUGAUCGAGGAGAUUUUGGCACCCACAAAAGACACGCUUCAGAGUGUCUGUAAAGACAUAUCCUACUUGGUUGACCCCCUAAACAAGCACCUCGCUGUGACCAGGGAUUACAGCACUGAGUGUAUGCGGCGCUACAGUUGGACUCCGGACAUGAUGGACCACAGCCACCACACAGUGUCCAGUCCCAUUCACUCCGGCCUGUCCUCCCCGCUCCCUCAGUAUGACUCCAGGUUUUUGGUUAGCUUCAUGGUGGAUGCUCGAGGUGGUUCCAUGAGGGGCAGUCGGCACAAUGGCAUGCGCAUUAUCAUUCCUCCCAGGAAGUGUACCGCACCCACACGCAUUACCUGCCGCCUGGCCAAGAGGCACAAGCUGGCAUACCCACCACCUAUGGUGGAGGGAGAGGGCCUGGUUAGUCGAUUGGUGGAAGUCGGGCCAGCAGGAGCACAAUUUCUUGGACCAGUGAUUGUGGAGAUUCCUCAUUUUGGUUCAAUGCGGGGCAAAGAGAGGGAGCUUAUUGUUUUAAGGAGUGACAAUGGUGAUACUUGGAAGGAGCAUCAGUCUGAUGUUAGACCAGAAGACCUAGUGGAGCUGCUCAGUGGAAUGGAUGAAGAAUUAGACAGCCCAGCUGAGUUAGAGAAGAAACGCAUUUGCCGCAUUGUCACGAGAGAUUUCCCUCAGUAUUUUGCUGUAGUUUCACGAAUCAAACAGGAGUCCAACCAUAUGGGUCCUGAUGGAGGUGUGCUGUCCAGCACCACAGUACCAAUGGUCCAGGCCUCAUUUCCACCAGGGGCACUGACCAAGCGGAUACGGGUUGGCCUUCAGGCCCAGCCAGUGCCUGAUGAAAUAGUGAGAGCAGUUCUUGGUAACAGAGCCACCUUCAGCCCUAUUGUCACCGUGGAGCCUAGAAGAAGAAAGUUCCACAAGCCCAUUACCAUGACGAUACCUGUUCCACCGCGAUCAGCAGAGGGUCAUCCAAGUGGCCAGAGAGGCGACGCAGCCCCAUGCCUACGCCUGCUCUGCAGCAUCACAGGAGGUACUUCUCCAGCCCAGUGGGAGGACAUCACAGGGACGACACCUCUGUCCUUUGUUACAGAUUGUGUCUCCUUCACCACAAAUGUAUCGGCCAGGUUUUGGCUCGCAGACUGUCACCAGAUUCCUGAGACGGUGAGUUUAGCGUCUCAGUUAUACCGGGAGCUGAUCUGCGUGCCUUAUCUGGCCAAAUUUGUGGUGUUUGCCAAAAUGAAUGACAUUGUGGAGGCUCGGCUGCGCUGCUUCUGCAUGACGGAUGACAAGGUGGACAAGACUCUGGAGCAGCAAGAGAACUUUGAGGAAGUAGCACGCAGUAAAGAUAUUGAGGUUCUGGAGGGAAAGCCAAUCUUUAUUGAUUGUUACGGCAACUUAUCCCCAUUGACCAAAAGUGGACAUCAACUGGUUUUUAACUUUUUCUCCUUCAAAGAAAACAGACUUCCUUUCAAUGUGAAGAUCAGAGACAUGGGCCAAGACCCUUGUGGCCGCCUGUCUUUCCUGAGGGAACCAAAAUCCACUAAAGGUCUUCCUCAGACUGCCAUAUGCAAUUUGAAUAUCACACUGCCAACACACAAAAAGGAUUUGGAGUCUGAUCCUGAUGAUGAGACUGAAAAGCCCGAACGACGUCAUACCUUUGCCUCCUUAGCUUUGCGUAAGCGCUACAGCUAUUUGACCGACCCAGCCUUGAAAACAACUGAUCGAAGCUCGCAGAGAACACAACCUUCUGGCUACCCUCACAAAACUGUCCUUACAACGAGAUCUUAUCAGGCAUGGUCGCCUGUUCCUGUCGCCCUCCAAACCAAGUCUGGGUUUGGCUCCCUCUCCAGUUCGUCAUCCAACACGCCCUCUGCCUCUCCACUAAAGUCUGUCUGGUCUAUAAACUCUGCAUCCCCUAUCAAAACCAACAUUCCUGGAUCACCAGCAUCUUCUGUAAAAUCAGCUAGUGACGUGGCUUCUCCCAUCCGCUCUUACAGAAGUAUCUCAUCUCCAAUAAAAACUGUAAUACAGCAGGGUCCAUACCCAGUUACCACCAGUCCGUUAGCUUCACCUGGCAAAAGUGUCUCAGACCACAUGUCCAUGAAAGGACUGGCAGCUUUGUCUGCAAGGACCUCUUCCAUAACAGGAUCUGGAGUAAAUAUUCAUGACAAAACACCUAUUGACACAACCCCACCAACAUCUCCCAAAACAUCUCUCAGUAUGUUCAGCUCACCUUUGCCCUACAAGACAGUCAUGGGGGCCUCCAGUUGUACAUCUUCAUCUCCAAUAAAGACAGUCCCUGGGCUUUCAACUGUUCGAACUCUUGCAGACAACACAGGACCUGCAAGAAACUUGUUUUCUUCUCUGUCAUCACCUUUUAAGUCUAACACAGCCCAGAGUGCAGCAGCUUUAAUUAAUGGAUCGGUGUCACCUACCCAAUAUCAUACCUCAACUCCAAGCUCUUUACUUGCAAGUAGCCUACAAGAACGAAUACAAGCAACCACUAAUGCUGCAACAACAAGUGUAAAUGCAGCCUUUGAUGAAGUGGAAAAAACAUUUAACUCUUGCUCUGCAGGCUAUGGUACAUUGAAGUCUUUGUCGUCCUCUGCAUCCUCCUCGUAUCAGUCCAUCAGAUCGUCAGCUUCUAGCUCUUUGUAUGCCUCUCUGAGAGCCCCUCCUAACACCACCACUGCUGUGACAUGCAGCACAGUGACUGUCCCAGUGUAUUCUGUCAUAAAUGUGCUGCCAGAGCCCCAGUUUAAAAAGCUCCCUGAAGUGUCCAAGUCAGCUGCUGCACUUUUGUCCCCUCGUAAAGCACCCCCUACAGAACUCAGUGCUCAUAUGCAGUCCCCCUUCGCCAGAACACUUUCCCCCGUCAAAUCCCAUUUAUACUCGGCUGGCCUAAAAUCAAGCACCACAACACCACUGUCAUCUAGUCAAGAGAUUUUGAAGGAUGUGGCUGACAUGAAGGAGGACUUAAUACGCAUGUCUGCAAUCUUACAAACAGAUCCAAAUUCAGUGGCCAAUAAAGGCUAUCAGUCUGGUUCACCAUGUGAAGCUAGAAUUGAUGAUGAGGAGCCAUAUAGGAUUGUAGAGAAGGUAAAGCAAGAUUUAGUUAAAGUCAGUGAAAUACUCACAAAAGAUUCAGUGAGAGAUGGAAUUGUUACCAUGUCUAGAGGAUCACUGGAUGACAUACAGUUCUCCAAAGUACCAGUAGAACAACCUCCAAGCAAUUGGAGUUUUCCACCUAGAUAUGAGACAGUAGUUCCUCAAGCUAAAACAAAAACAAUUUCAGAUAGAGACUUUAACCUCUCUAAAGUUGUUGAUUAUCUUACAAAUGAAGUAGGUAGUACCACUUUCUCUAAGAUGCAUGACACAAUAAAUAAAGCAGAUGAAAUAAAAAGUGAAGUAGAUGUCAAAGAAAAGCAGAAACGUGUUCUCAAACCAGCAGUGGCAGUUCAGGAGCAUAAGCUCAAAAUGCCUCCUACUAAUAUGCGUUCAUCACCUUCAGACAAGGAGAUCAGUAAAGUAGCUGAAGCACUCUUUGGAGCAGACAUGGUGCUUGAAUCACCUGAUGAUAUCUCACAUGAACAGGAUAAAAGCCCGCUAUCAGACAGUGGUUUUGAGACCCGAAGUGAAAGAACACCCUCUGCUCCACAGAGCGCUGAGGGCACAGGCCCCAAGGCGCUUUUUCAAGACAUCCCCAUACCACCAGUGAUCACUGAGACUAGAACUGAGGUGGUUCAUGUCAUACGCAGUUAUGAAUCUCCAGAAGAUAGCAAACAGCUGGAGGACACACAGCCCCUCAGGUAUGUGGAGUCAGAGUUUAAAGGUAAUCAAAAUCAAACUGCAUCUAGUCCAGAACAUAAUAAAUGCUAUCAGAUUAAAGCCAGCCAAGAUGAGGACCCAAUGGGAAAGGGUAUGAGAGUUAAGGAGGAGACUCACAUAACAACCACUACCAGGAUGGUGUAUCACAAACCACCUGGCAAAGAAAGUGCAUCUGAAAGAUGUGAGGAAACUAUGUCUGUACAUGACAUAAUGAAGGCUUUUCAGGCAGGCAAAGACCCCUCCAGAGAACUUGCAGGACUGUUUGAACACAAGGGUGGCAAUGAAGAAACAUCACACAGGGUGCUUGAGGACCUCAGCUCCAAACCUAAGGUAGAAAGAAUUAUUGAAGUUCACAUUGAAAAGGGCAAUAAAGCUGAACCGACAGAGGUUAUUAUAAGAGAAACCAAAAACCAUGGAGAAAAAGAACUGUAUUAUUACCCAGGAAGUCGACAGGAGGAGGGUGAACCUGAAGAAUCACUUCCAGUUUACUUAGAAUCCCCUAGAAUUACCACCCCCAUGUCACAAGAUGAUGAUAGUCGCCCUAGUUCAGCUCAGCUCAUGGCUGAUGAUUCUUACAAAACAUUAAAGCUUCUUAGUCAGCAGUCUGUAGAAUAUAAUGAGGAUGGUUCAUCUGAGCUCAGGGGAGAAUCUUAUAAUUUUGCUGAGAAAAUGCUGCAUUCUGAGAAGUUUGACCAGUGUCACUCUGAUACAGAGGAAUAUUUGAGAGACAGAUCUCGAUUCCAUUCCCCAGACAGAACUAGUCAUAGUGAGGGCAGGCCAAAGACAGAGUAUGUCUUUAGGUCAUCCAGGAAUGUGUUUGAUAAAUCAGGAAGAAUGACCAAUGUGGAUGAUAAUUUUGAUAAACUCACUCUUUUGCAAUACUCAUCUGAGUCAGGUAGUCCAAAACAAUCCAUAUGGAUGCGAGUAUCAGAUGAUGCACAGGAAAGAGAAAGAAAGCAGGUUAUGUAUGAGGAUAGAGUGGACAAAACAGUCAAGGAGGCAGAGGAAAAACUUAGUGAAGUAUCACAAUUCUUUCGUGAUAAAACAGAACAACUGAAUGAUGAACUCUCAUCUCCAGAGAAGAAAUCCCGCAGGUCAGACUACAGAGAAACAAGAUCGGGGCCUAGUUCUACACACAGCAGCCCUGAGCGAACAUCUUACAGAUGCAGUGGGGAAGAGUGGAGUCUAGAACGACUCAGAGACAGAUUCAGCUCAAAUGACAGGAAAUGUUCCAGUCUGCCCAGUAGCCCAGAGAGGAGAGUGCUGCUACAGUUUAGUGACACAGAUGCAAGAAAACAGGGUGAUGUGAAAGCUCAAGGAACCACAGGAGAGAGUUCUAAGCCAUACAAAAUGUCUUCCUCAAAAGUAAGUGCAGUAAGGCUUAAGUUUGAACAGGAGGCUCAGAAGAAUGAAAAAGGUUAUCAGGGUAGUCAAAAUCCGGGAUCUCCAAUUAGGAAACUGCAGGAAAGUAAACUUCCUGUCUAUCAAGUAUUUGCUGGUUCGAAUACACCUAAAACUCCAGAUAGUCCUGUAAGCCAAAGGAGGGGUCUAGAUAGUGAAUCAAAUAGAUUAUCUCCCAAGCAUGAAGCUGGUGUAAAAGACAAUGAUGAGAAAAGAGUCUUUAAAACAUGGGAAAGCCAGGGCUAUGGCAACUACAAACCACAGUCACCUAAAUUGACACACACUAGUGUUCAUGAUCAUUCUAGAAACAGUGAUUCUCAAUCACAAGAAACAACUAAGAAAAUAAUUUAUACUGAAUUUGUUGUUAGAGAAGGUCCAAAUAACAAUGAUGGUCUAAAAAAAAACUCGGAAUCACAAAUUCCUGUAAGAAAGUUGUGUAAUUUACCACAAAAACAAGAAUCCUCUCAGUUGUCUGAAAAGAUAGUACCCCAUAUAUCUACUAUAGCUAGAAAUCAGGCACACAAGACCUCUGAAGCCAGCAAGUCUAGUCUUGGGUCGGUAGUAAAACCCAUAGAUUGUUUAGAUAGUACUCAGAGAACUAUAGUGUGUAAUGGGGUAGAUGUUGAUCAAGUAGAGUAUUUGGAGAAAGGCACGCCUGUGGUUGUUACAGAGGGCUACAAGGAUAUUAAACCUUUACCUGUUUAUGUUAGUAUCCAAGUAGGAAAGCAGUAUGAGAAAGAAACUGCUUCAGGCCAGAUAGGAACAUAUAAAAAGAUAGUGAGCCAUGAAAGUAGAACUGUUCACGAAACAAGGGGUGCAUUUUACACUGUCAAGCAAAAGCCGUCUCCUCAAGGUAGUCCAGAAGAUGACACUCUUGAACAAGUGACCUUCAUGGACAGCUCUGGAAAGAGCCCUGUAACUCCUGAGACCCCAAGCUCAGAAGAGGCAAGUCUUGCUUCUAGAACACCUGACUCUGUGAUAGGCUCAAUGCCUGGUAUGCCAAGCACAAUACCAGAAGAGUCUGAGGAAGAGGAAGCCAAGACCCAGGUUUAUAAAGGACCUGUAAAAAACAAAUCUAAGCCAGCUUCUUCUGAAAGUCUCAGCAAAAAACAGGAAGAAGUGAGAACCAGUUUGAAAGACAAAAGAGUGGCAUAUAUAGAGUUUCCUCCGCCUCCACCUAUUGAGACAGAGCAGUCAGAUCCAGAGAAAAAGGGUUCUUGUGGUUCGUCUGAGGCAGAGACAGAAAUGAUGGAAGUCAACCUUCAGGAGGAGCAUGACAGGCACCUUCUAGCCGAGCCUGUGAUCCGAGUUCAACCACCAUCACCAAUUCCCCCAGGAGCAGAUCAUAGUGACUCAAGUGAUGACGAGUCUGUGUUCCAUCCCAUCCCUAUCAAAAAGUAUACCUUCAAAAUGAAAGAAGAGGGAGAGAAACGUCCAAAACAUAGAAGAUCAGAGAAAAAUGGUAAUAAGGAAACUGGGGGCAAUGGUGCAUCAAAGGGAGAUGAUGCUGACCUUGAGCAAAAUGGCAAUGAUCAGUCAAUAACUGACUGUUCUAUAGCCACAACUGCUGAGUUCUCACAUGACACUGAUGCAACAGAGAUAGACUCUUUAGAUGGCUAUGACCUUCAAGAUGAAGAUGAUGGAUUAAGUGAGGAUCCUAAAACAUCCAGUCUCUCCAAUGAUGGAAAAAACACUGACCGCUCAUUCAGUCAAUCCAAGCUUGAAGUCAUAGAGGAGGAGAAAUGUGAGGAAGCAGGAGAGGAUGGAAAGGCAAAGACCAGGUCAUCCAGCACAAAAGACAGUGAAGAUGAAAAAGAUUAUACUCUUGAAGGAAGGCAUCCAGAUAGAAAGGGAAGUGCAGAAAACUACUUUGGAUACCAACUUGAAGAAGAGCUGAACUCAACAUUUAAAACUGUUGCCACAAAAGGUCUUGACUUCGACCCCUGGUCAACCAAAGGGACUGAUAAUGAGGGACUGUUUGAAUCCAAAAUGAAAGAUGAAGAUCCAAAACCCUUUGGUUUAUCAGUGGAGGACAAGUCACAGGCCACAACACCAGAUACAACCCCUGCUAGAACUCCGACAGAUGAGAGCACACCCACUAGUGAGCCUAACCCAUUCCCUUUCCACGAAGGGAAGAUGUUUGAGAUGACCCGCAGUGGUGCUAUUGACAUGAGCAAGCGGGACUUUGUUGAAGAGAGGCUUCAGUUUUUCCAAAUUGGUGAGCAUCCCUCUGACCCUAAAACAGGGGAAAAGGGGAGAGUGGGCAAUGUUGUGGGGGUAAUGUCCUCUCCAACAAAAACAGGAGAUGGGAUGGUGAAGGUAAUAGAUACCACUAACAGCACUACACCAACAACACCAGCAACAGCAGCAAAAUGCAGCCCUGCACAGUCUGGCAAUGGCACUGGGUUUACUGGUAAUGGCACUGCUGCCUGUGAAGCCAUAGCUGAGACUGCCUCCUCAUGUACAAUCACAGCCUCCAAAGUUGAUUCUAAGUUACGCACCCCUAUUAAAAUGGGCAUAGCUGCCUCGAUAACUGUGAAAAAAGACUCAGGGGAUCACGGUGACUCUAAAGCUGAAAUGUCGGAGGGACAAAUGGUGCCAGAGUAUAUCAGUAUAGAGAGUACAGAUCAGAAGUGUACAGAUGACCAAUCUAGCAGUCCCACAGACCCCAAGGCAGACAGGAAGGAUUUCCCUUCGGAAAACUGCAACAAUAACAAUAACCUUGAGUCGUCUAGUGUUCUGGCCAACUACAUUCAAUGUGGCAGUGUGGUGUUUAAUUUGCAGUCCUCAUCUGAGCCCACUCUUCAGAAAGCCAGCAGAAUAGAAACACUCAGCUGUAAAGAGAAUGAAGAAAAGGUGGAGGUGCAGCAAGAGCAGGCCCAAAAAAGUGAAACAGUUAAAGACACAGAAGUAAAGCAGCUCAAGUCCAGACUUCCAGUAAAAGCUUCAGGAUGGUCAUUUCACACGCAGGGAAAAGCAAUAGGCAAACAGAAACCCAAAGGAACAGUUAAGGUUGAGAUUAAAAGGAAAGGAGAGCCAGCCAUAGCAAAAGUUGAACCCAGGUCUAGAAUACCCAUUAAAGAUGUUAAAAGAACAGCCCCAUCCACCACACCCAGUUGUAGUUCCCUUGGUUUGGUUCGUGCUAGCUCACAGCCAACAAGAAUAUUGCCCACAGAAAGGAAAGCUAUAGAAUUACCCUCAAGACUGCCUCUAAAGGACAGGCAUCAGGUUAGCAAAGUAUCUGCUGUAGGAGGAUGUAAACAGGAGAGGCAGGAAACCCCUAGUGAUGUUUGUAAACGCACCAUCGAAUACUUUAAAGACAUUAGCGGGGAGACGCAAAAGUUGGUGGACCGCCUGUCAGACGAGGAGAAAAAGACGCAGACAGAGCAGUCGGAGGAAGACAGCACCUCCCGGAGCACCUCUCUGUCGGACGCCUCCCAGCCCUCCCAGCCCUCCGGCUCAUCCAGGUCUGGUAGAGGUCCGAGGGCUGAGGCCGGGGCCGCGUCCGUAAGGGCAAAGGUGGCGGCGACGGACAGGGCCUCCGGCAGUGAAAGGAGCAGAAGGAGUAGGAGGACUGGUGGGAAGGAGGGCAGUCAGGGACUCACAGGGUCUCGAACGCCUCCCAUCGCAGAGAUCAAGCCUAGUCCUCAAAGCCCAUGUGAGCGCACAGACCUGCGGAUGGCUAUUGUUGCUGAUCACCUGGGUCUCAGUUGGACAGAGUUAGCUCGGGAGAUGAACUUCACUGUGGAUGAGAUCAACCAUAUCAGACUAGAGAACCCUAACUCUCUAACAGCACAGAGUUUCAUGCUGCUAAAGAAGUGGGUCAGCAGGGAAGGAAAAAAUGCCACAACGGAUGCCUUAUCCACAGUCCUGACAAAAGUCAAUCGGAUGGAUAUUGUCACUCUACUGGAGGGCCCAAUUUUCGACUAUGGUAACAUUUCAGGCACCAGAUGUUUUGCUGAUGAUAACGUUUUCCGGGAUCAGGCUGAUGAUUAUCAGAGCAUUCUAGCGGAGCUGCAGUCCCCUGCCGUACUACUUCAUUCUAGUCCCAGCUUCUUGGAGUCUGACCUCCCCGUCACUCCCAACCCUUCUCUCACCCCAUCUGCGCAUCAAUAUUUCACUGAUCCAGACUCCAUGGUGCCCCCUCCCUACAGCUCACAAGUGGAUGAUGCUGGUGGAGACAGUCCCCCCAGUAGUCCCCCGAGACCCUCCCAGCUCGCCCUGUUAGCCCCCGUUUUUGAUCUCCCUAAUACCCUUCCAUCACUCGUCAGAAAGCCGCACAUCGCUCUAAAUGAUCAGCUUCUCUUGAGUGAAGAAGAAGACAAAUCCUGCCCACAGCAAACCCACAAGCCCAAGACACAACUAGCCACUGGUCUGUGUGAGCCGGACAUUGAAAUAGCUUUCUCCACAUCUUCUCCAUCGCUAUCAUCUAUAUCAUCCAUUACUCCAUCAACGCCUGAAAGAGUUCAUAUAGGAGACUCCCCUUUGAACAGUGUUCCCAUAUUUACCCAGGAGGAUGUAUGUUUAAAAGAAAGCAAAAAGGAUGUAGAAGCAGAUGAAAUAGUGAAAGUUGCAGAGAAGGCCAAGGCAGAGUUAGAAGGUAAUAUUGUAGUGGAGAAGUGGAUUGAGCAGGAGCUUAUUCAGAAUGUGGAAAUGAAAUGUGAAAUGGUCAUACAAGAUAAACUGAAGUUGACCAAUGAAAUCAUGUUGGAACCAAAGGAAAGGUAUGCGCAAGAUGAUACGGAUACGACAAAGGAGCAGCUUGUUCUAGAAGGUACAGUGUGUAGAGUUGACGAGGUAAAAAAUGUGCUGUAUCCGUCCGAGGAGCAGAUUGUGCUGAUAAAAACAGAGCAUAAAGUAGAAAAAAGUGUCCAAGCCAAAAAUGCUGAAUGUGAAAAAGAAGAAGGUACUGAUGUAAGAGUGAAAGUAGAAGGGUUUAAUGAGGAGAGUUUAAGUCAGGAUAAGUCAGAGUGUGAGUUUUUGAAAAAGCAUAGCAGCGAAAUAUCUGUUAAAAACAUUAGAGAUAAAAUGAAAACACAAGAGGCACCUGCAGCUGCCGAAAUACUGAAGGAUAAAGGCUCAGAGGUGGAGGAGGACAGCGAGGAAACAAACGGUGCAACUAUCAAGGAAAUGCUCCGUCAGGUGGAACAGGCAGAAAAAGACUUGUGUUCACUUUCAGGUUGGCACAGUAGUGACUCGUCCAGUGUCAAUGUGGAGCCGCCAACACAAGGACGCAGUGUCAGCUCAGACCUCCUUGACAAACGUGAAUGCCACGAGAUCUCUAGUGACUCCAUCACUUCCUCGUCUAGAGGCGAAUCAGGCAGAUCCAGACAAAACGGCAACAACGCCAAACACUCACCUCAGGACACCUCAUCACAGUCUUCGAAUGUCAAAAAGGAGGAGGGGGCACUAGUUUCAGAGAAAAAAGUCCAGCGGGUUAGUGCUGAAUCUGGCUCAGAGGAGGAACAAACUGUAACCACCAAAAUCUUCAGACGCCGUAUAAUUUUAAAGGGCGAAGAGGCAAGAAACAUCCCAGGUGAGAGUAUGACUGAGGAACACUACUUGGAUAACGAUGGCAACAUCAUCAGUAGAAAAGUUAUCAGAAAAGUUAUCCGGCGAGUUUCCACGCCAACACCGGACAACCAGGGCAGUGACAAUGGCGUGUGGCGUAAGAGAGACCCUCGGCACAGCCCUGCUCUGUCUGAGGAGUGGUCGGAGCAAGGCAGUGGGUCCAGAAAUAGCAGGAGAAAGGACGAUAGAAGGUCCAGCGACAAAAAGCACCACUCAUAGCAAGAUUGUCUCUCAGAAAUAAUGUUCCACUGUGAGGACUUGAGGCAAAGGGUCCAAUCUGCUUUGAUCAGCUUUAUGGGUGGUUCUCGUGCAGAAGAGCUGACCAUUUGCGCAUGAGCAUGAAAACUCACUCAUUUUCUAGUCUCCCACUGUGGACCAUGGACAUCAAUCCUGCUUGAGUUUGAGAGGGUGUGUGCCAUUGGCCGAUUGAGAAGAGAGCCUCUGAGGUUUGAGGUGAAGACUUUGGUUACUGUGGACUGCAGUGGAGACACACAGGUGAAACUGUGACCAAAGAUGGCACAAGAGCUCUUUCCACAAGUUGCCUGGAAAGAAAAAAGGCGACACAAAACUGAAAAAAACAAACAAACUGCUGGACACUUCUGAUACAAGUUCAACACUCGCCUUAUAGUUUAUUUUCUUGAACCCAUUGUUUUUGUUUUUAACUAACACCUUUUCUGAAAUUACAAUGUUACUGGUCAAGUUUGCACUAAAAGAGCAACCUUUUAAGUGCUUUUGAACUUUAUGAAAAGGGUUUCACUUUUUAAAGAUGAGUGUAAUGAAACAGGUUCUUGUAUAAUUUAUUAAUAGAGCUGGUAUAAUAUAAUGUUUGUACAUGAUAAUGCUGGUUUGAUUUUAAAUAUAAACUUUCCAGAAAAAGUCAGAUUUCAGUAAUUUCCAAAAUGGGAAUUAUUCUAAUUCUGCAAAAGCAGCCUUUCAGAUGACUCAUAUUUUCAUGCAUGUUCAUUUAUUUUGAGUACAAUUUUUACAAGUUUGCAAAAACACUGUAUUCAAAUAACAAAUACAACCCUUUACGUGUGUGCACAUAGCCCUGAUGUUGGUCACCACUUUUAUAUUUUAGGAGAAGCAUUUAUCAUGUGUGGGCUUACAAAGCCGUGUGAAAAAUGUUCAUAGCUGGUUUUGUCUGUCUGUCCUUUGAAUGAAUGAGUAGCAUCUGCUGAUUGAUAGUCUGAAUGUAAAUGCUAGUAAACUGGCUGUCUGUUAGAUUUUACCAUUGUGCAUAUUGGCUUUAAGGUGUAGGAGUCUAGACUUAAACCACACUAAGUGGUGUGUCACUUGGUUUCCAAAAGCUGGUGUGGUAUUAAAAGGAAAAUGGGGCAUUUCUUUUUCUUUUUUGUCUUUUUUUUUUUUUUAAAUGUUCUAUUUAUAUCGUACUCACACUGAAGACACAUAAAGUAAUUACUGGAUUGUAGCUCUAUAGCAUAUUGUAUGACAAAACACUGGAUGGUCAAAAAUAAUUAUUUAAGCAUAAAAUUGUGUUUAACUCUGAAACUGUGUAAUAUUUUAUAUUAGGCUUGAGAGUCCAUAUAUGCAGCAUCACAUAGAAUUGUUUUCAUUAGCUCAUUGGCAAUAUUUCAUUAAAUUACAUAAUAUGUAUUUUUUUUUAUAUAGCCCAUGUAAGUGUGAUGUUCUAUUGGUGCAAUGGCUCAUUAUGCGGAUGUCUAUGCUGUGGACAUUAAAACUAUGUAACUUUUCUUUCUUUCCGGUAGGUCGAGAAGGUCAGAACGGGUUUGUUUGUACAACAUCCCAAUAUACUACUAUGUCAAUCAGGGGGUUAAAGGAUUAUUUGAUAUUGUUUUUUUUGUCAGUUUUCUUUGAUAUGUGUUUUACAUAAAGACUUUUGAUGUACAAUUCUUACUAACAGAGUGAAGCCAUUGAUAUGUAAUAUUCUAGCACUUUGGUUAUUCAAGGUCUUUUAGAAGCUAUAGCAGCAAUGAUGCCACCACAAAUGUUUUAGACAUCUUUAAAAAGUCAACUGAAAAUAAUAAAAAGGUUGGUUUUGCAAUAAA